AGUGAAGAUGGAACCGGUAGAUAAACGGACCACCACCUCCAGAUCGUCGCUGGCCCGACGUCCCGCGGCGCUAGCACAAGGCACACUGGUCGGAGUAACGAUGUGCCUAUUGCUUCUCACAGCGUCCGUCGUACAGACAGGACCUGUGAUCCGAUCGCGUCGCAUGAUUCGAGAGAUUUACGUAGAAAACUCGGCAGCGUCCCCAGCCGCACCAGAAACCACUUCUUCGGAAGUUCCUAGCAGCAGUGCCAACAACGCAACAGCAAGUGACAUGUGCCUAUACGAUGGUUCCUACAUCGAGCGAUCAGCGAUAGCAUGCGAGAAGAAACACGGUUGCCGUGCCAUUCAAAAGACCGGUGAAUGCUGUCCAGACUAUCAGUGUGAGUGUCAACGCGACGGCAAAACGUAUGCCAAUGGCGAGAAAGUCUUCGACCCGAAUACUCCGUGCCGUGCCUGUUAUUGCCAAGGUGGCGAAAUUACGUGCAGUGAGGUGAGCUGCUACAAACGAAAUGACUGUGACCCGAAGUAUAUCCCAGGACGUUGCUGCCCAGAAUACGACAAUUGUCCACCACUAGAAAAUUUCAAAAUAACGGAGUCCGGCAACAAGGAUGCAACGAAUACCGAACGGCACGACGAAGAAACGAACGAGGUGAAGGGUAACUAUGCAGCCGAAGCGGAAGACCUGGCUGGACUUCAAAAGACUACGGCGACAACGACACUUCAGCCUGCCGUUACGCUGUCGAUGCCCAACGAUAACCCGCUCGGUAUCAAGAUCAAAGAAAUCACAAAAGUGGAAGAGAUUCGUCUGACCGACAACCGCCCCAGUGCAGAAGAACAGCAGCAACAACAGCAGCAACAACAGCAGCAACAACAACAGCAGCAACAACAAUUGGCAGCUAGUCGCGAAACAACCGUCCAACCUUCUUCCUCACAAAGUGAGGAGCUUGUAAAUCUUGAACAUCUAGACGUCCACGUACCGGACGACGAUGGUGAGAAUGGGACGAAAAUUGUCCGUCACACCGACGCCGAUGAAAUGCGCUCGGAUGUGGACGGUGAGCGGAAGGAUGGGAGUGUGAGUGAAGAAUCGCUCAAAGCUACCUCGGCGGAAAAUCGGCUAGAAUCGAACGAAGCAUCAACCGUCGGUACGGUGUCAUCGACCUUAUCCGAAUCGGACGAAUGGAUGGAUGUGAAGGAAUUUGCCGACGCGUCUACCUGGUCUCCCAGCUCUUUCUCCGUAAGCACCAGCACCCAGGCACCUGCGCUAGCUCCCUCAACUAGCGGACCACCAUCAUCGCGGGAUGAUGAAGUCGUGUCUGAGAGUAACAUGAAGACAUCGAAGCAGGAUAACGCUCUACCGGCAGUAGUACAGAUUGGUGAUAAGCUUGUCAUUGUGGACCACAACCAACCGAAACCCAUUACAGUGAUCCAGGUGGAGGAGGUUGAAGGACUACAGCGCGGAGAAGACGACAGUGUGUACGAUCAGGAGAUGUACACUGAGCGUAAUCUUCAUGCAGCUUCUGAGAGUGGCCGUGAAUCGUCGAAAAAACUAAAGCUGCACCAUUCGGCCGAUUUGGAGCAGGAAACGCUAUCAACGCAGGCGGAUUCUAGUGCGGCUUACGAGACGGUAUAUCAUGCUGGUUCUACGGAACAGGCUGGUGGAGGUGUGUCUUCGGAGGAGAUCUUUGAGACGCAACUCUACACCGAAGGUCCUGAAGAUGCAGCAGUCUCAGCAGAACGAAACGAUACACAACGGGGAGAACCAUUGUCGGUGAGCAAGGAAGAAUUUCUUCACAUGGGUGACUCUCAAGAACCGGCCAAGCUUCAGCAGGAAGAAGAACACACGACAAGCGCUGCCGUUGGUGCAUCCAGUACGUCCUACAGCAGCGUUGAGGAAGGUAGUACCACAAUGUCCGACUUGUCGGUAUCUCUGAGCUCCGAAGCAUCAGGCGAUGAGAUGAUCUACGAUACGCACUUCUACACCGAAGGGCCAAGCACAUCUUCUGAGGAGCACGGACCAACGCUUGGAACCGGUUCGGAAGAAACAUCCACCACUGGAAGCACAUACAUACCGCGUCACCCAGUUCCGGUAGCGGAUGAGCUAGCUCCACAACGCGAAACGUACAUUGAAGAUAACGAGCAUGAACUCAUCCAUCCGGGAUUUCAACCGAUUCCGGAGGAUUUCAGCCUACCGCAGCUUGACCAACCGGCGAUGGACAUGGAAAUGGAUCAUCACUCAGCCACACCUAGCAAAAAUGUUCCAGCGAAGCAGGAAAAAAUUUUAUCGGAAGUAUUUGAAUUGAAGAACAAUAUGUCCUCCACAACCGUUUCUCCCGUGGUAGUGAGUAGUUCGGAGUCUUCAACUUCCGAAGCUGGUGUACCAUCAAGUCAGGAAGAAACGUCAAAUUCUCCUGCUUGGUUGAAGGAAGAUCCACAGCCUCAGUUGAGAUCGCCAGGCGAACCACUGCUGAUCCCCGAAUGGGAACGUAACAAUGCUACCAACGCCAACAACAGUAGCUCCUCGGAGGAAGAACUAGACCAGGAUGCAAGUGGAGCCGGUAGUGCACCCAGUGAUUUUCAAAUGUUGAAGAUGGGUUCGGAAGAGUACGUAGACGCUGGCGAGGGUAGUGGUAGUGCACCGACAACCUCAGCACCCACCGCAGCGAAGACAUCAGUGUCCGAAAAUCGUUCCGAAGAGGACGACGACGAAAGCAAGGCGAAGGAACCAACAGCCGGUGGGUUAGAGUUGGGAUCUGCGGGAAAUUCUCUGCUCGAUAUCGAUUCUCCAAUGUCGGCAAACGCGACCGAUGACCAGUCGGACAGUGUUAAGCAUAAUCCAAAGAACGAUGUAGAGAGUUUGAAGUACGACGAGGACGAAAACAAUGCCACCGCCGAGGAAGCUAUCCCGAAGAAGGUACAGCAACUGGAACCGAGUGAACGGGAAGCGACCGGUGGUGUUCAGACGCCCAACUUGACGAGUGUCUGA